AUGAACGACGAAACUCCUGCUAAGGUCAAUGAUCUGAGCGAACUGGUCACCAACCAUAAGAAUGAGAUGUUGUUAAAGUAUAUUAACUCCUCUCAUCUCUCCAUAUACAGUUGCAUUGAGCUGUUGUGCAAACAUGCUGAUAACAUAGGGAUCCAUUACUACUUAUGUCAAAAACUGCUUACUUUCCCACAUUCUGAAUUACAAUUCUAUAUCCCGCAACUGGUUCAGAUACUCCUGACAGUGGAAACAGAGUCUAUGGCCUUGGAAGAACUAAUAUUGGACUUGAAGAACGAGAAUCCCCAUUUUGCAUUGUUGACUUUUUGGCAGUUGCAAGCCUUAUUGGCCGACUUUUCCUCUGAUCCAGAAUCCUAUGGUUUCCAAGUGGCGAGAAGAGUGCUGAAUAAUCUUCAGUCAACUUUAUUCAGUACUAGUAGAAGUGGUGAGGAUGCGAAAAGUCCUACAAAGAUGCAUGAGAACAUAGCACCAGCAUUGGUUCUGUGUUCGAUGGCGAUGUCUUCCAUUGGGUUGCCCCAAAUGGCGCAAAUGACCAAGCCAUUGAUUGAAUCACAGGGUCAUCGACAAAAGGCUUUUGUUUUUAAAUUAGCCAAGAAGGCAGUCAAAGAUCUUCGGAGAAAUAUAACAUUGAAGAACACGUUACUUAAUACAAAGGCUAUGAAAGGCUAUGCGAAGAAUGUCGAUUUAUUACCGACUUCGCCCGUCGAUAUUGUGGAUCCAGUGAAAACUAAAGAGGAUGCGGCGUUCAGAAAACCUAGAAGGGCAGAAACAGAUUUGAAUUUCGAUAUAGUCGAUGAUGUCGGUGAACAGCUAUUUCAGGACAGGAUAUCCAAUUCCAUCAAGAUGCCCAAGAGAAGAUCUAAAUUUCUGGAUGAAUCAUACGUCCACAGAACCUAUGAUACGAAUUCAUUGUCUUCUUUGGCAGCAGAACACUCAAAUUCCAUUGAGCCAUCCAUCUCGAACUCAGAUUUUGACUCAGAUCCUUUAAACACGGACAAGUUUACAUCCUCCAUGCCUGAUUUACUGCUCGCAGAGCCAGAUAGGUCGCGCACAUCGCUAUCAUCUGUGGAGAGUAGACCUAAUUUGGAGCGUUCAAAUUCUCAACCGCCCUCGUCAAUUGAUGGUGAGCAAUUAAGAACAGCCGAUUCAGACUCCAGAAAUCAACAACUUGAUCUAUCUCAACUAAGUACAACCGCGAAAAUUAAGUUGCUCAAGACAAACUACUUCCGCUGUGAAACCCAGUUUGCCAUUGCGCUGGAAACUAUCUCGCAAAGGCUAACGUUGGUCCCCACAGAAGCCAGAUUUAGUGCUCUGCGCGCAGAGUUGUCACUAUUAAACAGAGAUUUGCCGGCUGAAGUCGAUAUACCUACUUUAUUACCACCAAACAAAAAGGGUAAGCUACACAAGCUGGUCCUCAUAACUGCCAAUGAGGCUCAAGUCUUGAAUUCUGCAGAAAAAGUUCCAUAUUUAUUACUCAUCGAAUACCUACGAGAUGAAUUUGAUUUCGAUCCAUCAAGCGAAGAGAAUAUGGAGAUUUUGAGACGGAAACCUAAUGCUAGCAGCUUGAUUUUCGACCUAAACGAUAUCGGAAGAGCAAAUACCAGGCAAGGAGAUUUGACUUUGAACAUAGAAUUGCAAAUGGCAAGUCAGAUGACCGCAAAUCCUGAAAGAGUUGUCUCUGGUGCUUCUGUUGCAGGAUCCACUCAUUCAGACCAAACCACUGUACUUGGAAAAGAGAUGGAUUUAGGUGAUAUGUCCAUGAUCAGAGUUAAGAAUCAAACGGAUGCAGAGGCUUACAGAGAGACAUUGGUCCUACAAAACGCAGCCAAGGUACCUGUGAUUCCAAAUGAUUCUGAUCACAGGGCUCCAGAAUUAAAUUUCGUGUCCAACUUACAAGACGCAGUUAUAACCGGUAAUUCAGGCGCUCGAAACUUUCGUGAUCGCACGGUGGAGCUAGCUGAUGAGAUGCGUAUAUCUGCCGUUAUGCUAGCUCAACUUGACAAAUCACCUCAGUCUGACACGUCGAACCAAAUCCGCGAAAAGAUCAUCGCGUCGAUGAAGGAAGUUCAGGACAGAUUUGGUUACCGUGAUUUGGAAGCCAUCCAUGGUUCAGCAGGUGAGCGGAAACUGGAAAACGAUUUAAAGACAGGUGGUAUUGAUACUUCUUAUCUAGGAGAAGACUGGGCAAGUAAGAAAGAGAGGAUACGCAAGACUUCCGAAUUUGGUCAUUUGGAGAACUGGGAUUUAUGUUCAGUCAUUGCGAAGUCAGGGGAUGAUUUGAGACAGGAAGCAUUCGCAUGUCAACUCAUCCAAGCUAUGGCUCAAAUAUGGUCUAAGGAGAAAGUAAACGUUUGGGUGAAGAAGAUGAAAAUUCUCAUCACAAGCGCAAAUACCGGUCUCGUUGAGACUAUAACUAAUGCAAUAUCGGUGCAUAGUAUCAAAAAAUCCUUAACAAAGAAGAUGAUUGAAGAAGGCAACCUUGAUGAAAAAGGAGCUAUCGCGAGCCUGAAAGACCACUUCUUAAAAGCAUUCGGUGAUCCUCAAGGCUUCAAAUAUAGACGUGCUCAGGAUAACUUCACGGCUUCCCUGGCAGCAUACUCACUUAUAUGUUACAUCCUUCAGAUCAAAGAUAGACAUAACGGUAACAUUAUGAUCGACAACGAAGGCCAUUUAGUUCACAUCGAUUUCGGAUUCAUGCUCUCAAACUCUCCCGGAUCUGUUGGUUUUGAAGCUGCGCCCUUCAAGCUGACUUACGAGUACAUAGAGGUGCUCGGUGGCAUCGAGAGUGAAUGCUUUAAGAAAUUCGUGCGACUACUAAAAGACGGCUUCAAAGCAUUAAGAAAAUACUCUGAUCAAGUAGUCUCAAUGUGUGAAGUGAUGCAGAAGUACAGCAUGCAGCCGGGUUUCAACGCCGGCGAAAACACAAGUGUACAGCUCAAGCAAAGGUUCCAUCUCGAGCUGUCCGAAUCUGAAUGCGACGAUUUUGUCGAGAACUAUCUCGUCGCCAAAUCCGUCGGCAGUAUAUAUACAAGGCUCUACGACCAAUUCCAGCUGAUAACGCAGGGCAUAUACAGUUGA